AUGGUCCAUGCUGGUGGCCGCCCAGUGCCAUCCCUAAUCAACGACAACUUUGAGCGUCUCGACAAAGUUGCAAACAGUUCUGGCCGUUACUUCUGGAAAUGCAAGCACUGUGGUAAUCUCGACAAUUCCCCUGGCGCCAAAAUCCAAGGUCGCGACAAUAGUCUGCCUAACCAUAUCAUCCGCCACUGCAAGGAUGCUGCUCCUGAGCUUCGCCGAAAAGCCCGGACAUUUAUUAUGAACAAGACAGGUGACGAUGGUGGUCAAGUUAUCUCACCAGCUGCUUCGUCUAGUUCUGGUGGUGUGAUCAAGAAGCGGAAGAAGAUUUCGACAUUGGAUGGAUAUGUAGACUACCCACUUAGUGACGAGCAAGCCAAACUUGCAAAUAUAAAACUGCUUCGGUUCAUAAUUCACGCCAACAUCCCAUUUCGUGUAGGAGAUGACGAAUAUUUUCGCGAGUUUAUCGACGUAAUUCGGCCAUCAUACAAAGUUCCAUCCCGAUAUGUAUUAUCUCAUCACCUCCUUGAUGGUGAGGCUGUUUGA